AUGUCGCUUACAAACCCAAAUCUUGAAGGCUAUGCCAUCACCAGGGGCAUGUGGCUCUACUUCUACAACCCCAACAAAAAAACUUUCAAGGCUCCAAAGAAGUGCCUGGGUUGUUACAACAGUGACACCUUCGUGGUCUGGGCUGUGUCUGUCGCUGCUCAGGCUGUUGUGGAUGGUGCUAGAAUCUACCCUGAAUUGAAACCCCUCAUUGGUCCUGCCAUCGACACUUUCCAGCGUUACAAGAACAAACACACCAAGGGCUUCUCUGCUGCUGAAAACGGCGGUAACGAUACCGAUAUCUACUACGAUGACGAUGCCCAGGUGGCCAGUGCCAUGCUUACAGCCUACGAGGUGACUGGCGAGAAACGCUUUUUGGACCAGGGCAGAGAAUUGACCAGAUUCCUUAUGGGAGGCUGGCACCCCAAGAUCGGCGGUGUCAAGUGGCACGUUUCGAAGACCUACGUCAAUGCCUGUACUACCGCUGAAGUUGCCAAAGCGUGCCUCCAGUGCUCCAAGUUCAUCCCUGACGAGGCUCAGACUUACAUUGACUUUGCUGCCAAGUGCAUCCAAUGGCAGAUUGACACUCUUCAAGACAAGAAGGACAAGUGUAUCAUCGACGGUGUGCAGCCUGACGGCAUGAAGUUUGAAAAAGGUAAGCUUACCUACAACACGGGUACCACCUUGUCCUGUGCAGCCCACUUGUGGCACAUCACCAAGGACGAGAAGUGGAAGAACAUUGCCGAUGACUUGGCCAAGGCCUCCAUCGACCACAAUGUGCCAUUUUUCGAUAGAGACUACCCCAUGGAGCUCCGCUACUGGCGUGACUCCAACUACUGGACGCAGUUGUUGAUCGAGGGUCUUGCUGACUACUUGUUGUACGUUGGCAACGAUGCUCCAGAAGGUUUGCCCAAGGCCAUUCACGAUGAGGUGCUCCGUAACAUCUUGAUGUACUACAAGUACGCCAAGGACCCCCAGGACGGCCUUUAUAUCCAGACUUUCGAGCCCCACGGAACUUUCCCAGAGAAGGCCGACCUCUACAAGGAGGAGUUCAAAGGCAAGAAAAAGGUUGGCUUCAAGCGUGAGGAUUCCGACGGCGGCAAGCCCCAAAAGUGUUUGAUGGGUCUUGGUGCCGCAGCCCGUUGUUUCUUCCAGGCUGCAAGAAUCAUCCCCGAGAUCCACUACAACAACUGA